UUGGUAAGGCCAUCGCCAGUUUUUUGUUGUUUUACGUGCGCGUUGACAUUUUUUGCAGCGCUUUUUAAUUUAUUAUUAUUAUUUAAACUAACUAAUUAUGGAUUUGAAUACGUGUUAGUACUUAGAGAAUUUUCGGUCGCCGAAAAAUCGUUGCCUACUACACCUAUGACAAAAUAGCUGGCGGGACUACAUAUAUAUUUUAGCAAACGUGUGCCUCGCCAGUUUGCAAAAAUAGUAAAAUAGUCAAUUGAGCAUUAACCGCGGUUAAGUUAAGUUAAAGGAAGCAAAACGAUGCACAUGCGACUGCAUUUAGUGCGCUUUAUGUACAUAAAUCUACUGCUAAGCUGCUGUUUCUGGUUGUACGACAAUGUGGCAGCUGCAGACGCACAAACACAAAGUAACGAUGGCGGUUCAGCCGAGGGACUUACCGAUGCUGAUCGGAAAACCCACAUAAAUCCGGAGGAACCGGAGGCGCCACCAAAACCUGAACCCCCGCCCCCGCCACUCCACGAAGGAUAUGGAGUUCUAUUACCCACUCCAGAUGGUGGUGAAGUCCCUGUGUUAAACCUUAUUACAACAUCCUCAUCGGAGGAAGAGUCUCAAACUGGCAAUUUGCAAAAAGUUGGGGACACGUCAGUGCCCGUGAAAGAACGGCCUUCGUUAUCCGCACAUUAUCGUGCAAAUAGCCAUAGUGAAUAUGUUAGUGAAUUCGAUUUAGCGGCUGAUGGUGACGCCUCCUCAUCCACCGCCCAAGUGCCAAAUAAUCAAUUAAAUUAUAAUAAUCGUAAUAGUGCCGGGAAAGUGCAUAGUUUUAGUGAAUCGCAGCAAUUAGAGCAACCAAAGCAACUGGAGGAGGAGAAGCAAUCGCCGCAGUUACAACAACCGCAGGCGGAAGAAAGCUUUCCAGAGAUCAUUACGGAGCUGCCAACUGUUACUAUUACAGAGCUACCUCUGGAUCGGUUGAAGAACCGCCUGGAAUCGAUUAUAUUGGAUGAUUCCCAGGUUACAGCGGGCAACCAAAGCGAGGAGGAGCAACAUCAAGAGCAGGCACCUCGCCAAGAUCAGCCCAAGAAACUGUAUGAGGCUGACAAGGAGGAAGUGCCUCAAAAGGAUGAGCAAAUGCCGAAGAUAAACGAUCCUGGAGGAGGCAUCGAACUAGAUGGUUUAGCAGCAACACAGCAAGCUACGCCAGUGGGGGAAGGCAAUGAGACUAGUGAGGAAUUGCCGACUGCAGCAGGAUCCUCUGGAUCAUCUGCAUCCAAUGACACAGAGGCCACGGCCAAUCUGACAAAUGCCAACGAGGAGGUACCCAUGCCGGUGUUCUCCGAGUGGGCACAAAAGCAAAUGGAAGCUGAGGCUAGCCGAGAGCAGGCCAUGGAGCUAGAACAGCAGGUGGUAAAUAACUCCGCCCAACGGAGGAACAAUACGGGAUCAUCGAGUGGAAAGCCGCCGACGCUGAUGGUUCGCUCGAAAAACUAUGCCUCGCCGGAUUGCGGAGCCAAGAUCAUUGCACAUAAUUCGGGGUCCAAGAAUACGGAGGCCGUGCUCACCCAAUCCACCGAUGAGUACAUGCUAAGUAUUUGCGAAAGUCGAAUUUGGUUCGUCGUGGAGCUAUGUGAGGCCAUUCAGGCACAAAAGGUGGACGUUGCAAACUAUGAGCUCUUCAGUUCGUCACCGAAAAACUUUACGGUAUCCGUUUCGAAGAGAUUUCCCACUCGGGAUUGGAGUAACGUAGGACGUUUUGCGGCGGAGGACAAGCGAACAAUUCAGACCUUUGACCUGCAUCCACAUUUGUUUGGAAAAUUCGUGCGCGUUGAGAUCACUUCGCACUAUUCCAAUGAGCACUUUUGUCCACUUUCGUUGUUCCGCGUUUCUGGUACCUCUGAGUAUGAGGCUUUUGAAACAGAAAUCCGACCGAGCGAUGAUCUGGACGAUUUCUACGAUGACUAUGGAGCUCAAGAACAGAAAGCAGCCGUGGGCAGUGGCGGUAACAUCUUCCAAAGCGCCUCGGACGCUGUUAUGCAGAUAGUUAAGAAGGCAGCCGAGGUGCUGGUGAAACCCACUAAGGCUCUGAAGUGGUCAGCGGAGUCGUUGCUCUGCCAAACGCCUGCCUUUGAAGCUUACAGCUGCAGCAACUGCAAUAGCACUCUGGUGGAGAGGAUUAACAGCCUUCUAUCCUGCCAAUUUCAGCAACUACAAGGACUGCUUAGUCUCUCUCGCUUACGGUCAGAUCUUCUGCAAAGUCGCGUUUGCCAGGAAGAUUUCGGCAUACGGCUGACGGGCUCGAAUUUCUCCAGUAAAAUGGGCAAGGAGCAGAGCUAUUUCCUAAGCAUGUUGCCAACGGAGCAUAUUGGAGCCAUGUGUAAACUGAUCCAGGCUGAGCAAAAUGUAACCGAUCAACAGCAAACGAAGACGCCAGCGAUGAAGAGGCAGGUUAGCUCACCAGAGCAACUGCAGGAUAAUGCCACAGCAACGGGAGUUCGUCAAGAUUGUGAGAACAUCGAAGGCAGUCGAAAAAAGGAAACUCUUGUGAAGGAACCUCCAACACCCAGUUUGGAGGUUGUGGUGCCUGAAUCCAGCCAAGAAGUGCCUUCAAUGGAAGACCAGUCAUCAACUUCCAGCGAAUCGGUCUCCACUACAAACUCCACGCCCGCGGAUGUGAAUAUAUUCAAUGUGCCAGCAGAUUCCGAAGAAGUGGUGGUGCCCAAAGUGCAGCUCCCUCAAGAGCCAACACUACCAACCACUUUGGAACCCAGCGAUAUAGAGACCUCUACCAACGCUCCAGCUACCAAUGUGCCUCCGACCUCCAGUGAAACUUCGGCCAAUGGAGAUUUAACCAUUGAGGAUGGAAAUCCGGCCAACUGGGAAAGCAUUGACAAUCUACUGACCACCACGGUGGCCUCGAUAACUGCCGGCGGUGGAGCAGCUGCCGCAGCAGCGGCUGUAGUGAACGGAAACGGCAAUCUGGGUGUGGCAGGCGUAGCCGGAGCAGGAGGAACAGCCACGGGAUCUGGUGUGAAUCUGCAGCAAAAGUUGACGAAUGGCGCCCAAUCGGAGAGUGUGUUCAUCAUGCUUUCCAACCGAAUAAAGGCGCUCGAACGGAACAUGUCGUUGUCUGGACAGUACCUGGAGGAGCUAUCGAGACGCUACAAAAAACAGGUGGAGGAACUGCAGCAAACACUGACGCAACAGACACUCACGGUGCGGCAGUUGGAGGAUCAGAGCCGGCGGUAUGUGGAGCAGGAGCAGUUGUACCAGCAGCAAAGCGCAGAACUAGCCGGUGAGGUGAGAGCACUGUCGUACCAGGUUCAGGCCUGCAUCCUGGUCAUAAUCAUUGUGGGAACCUGCAUCUUUCUGAUGCUAGUCCUUGGCACUGUCUACUAUCGCAAGCUGCGUCGCCAGCAGCAGCAGUUGCUUAAAAAGAAUCAACCGGGAAAUCCACCUGUGGCUACCAAACCCAAGCUCGACCGACGUAAAUCCUACGAACAGAUGCCGAAUCAAACCACUCCCAAGCAACGGCGUCCCAGUGAGGAGGCCAUGCUCAUUCUGAAGGAGUGCGGGGACAACGUCUUGCAUGAGCAGGAUUCUACGAACAGGCAGCGCAAGAUUUCCGUUUGUUAUGGCAGCAACAAUAACAUAGCAGCCAAUAUGAUAAAUGCUACCACAAAUGGUGGCCGGAGUUCCCUACACAGACGCAAGGGAGCCAAGCACUCCUGGCACAGCAGUAUGGACACCACGGAGACAUCCUGUGGCGAGCAAACAGACAAGUUCUUUGAUGUGGACACCCUCAAGAGCAUUAAACAAAGCUCCGGCAAGGCGAGCAAAAAGAAAUCCCAGCAGCAACAGCACAUACUAGCUCUUAAACGACAGGAAUCUGCGCCAGCUAGCUUCCCGCAGGAUCAGUUAACCGAAGAACUGGCGACACAGAGCGACUUUGAUGAAAGCCUAAUGCUGGACAACGAUGAUCUGCCCAACUUUAUACCCACCAGUGACUUGGCCUACAAUGAGUUUAUGCCCGAAGGACCCUCCGGCUACCAGAUACUGGACACAGUAGACGGAAAGACCAGCAAAGAGCAGGGAACAAAGAAAUCGCGACGCCUAUCCUCGCCAGCAUUCUUCAAGUCGCCAUUUAGCAAGAGCAAAAACAAGGGCUACAGUUUCAAUGGGAUCAAAAACAGUCACUCCGUACACGAGCCCACGUCCUGGGAGUGGUACCGCCUUAAGCGAAACGAGAAGCACCAGCAGCAACAGCAGGCGAAGCUGGCCAGCAAGAGCAUGCCCAGCACCAGUUUAGACAGCUCAUCACUGUCGGAGGUUAAUUUUCCGCUUAGUUCUAACACCGCCACGCAAAAUUCUUUCCGGAUAUUGGGGGAGGCCAUUCUGUCCUCCGGGGAAGGACGCAUCACCCCGAACGGGAAUGGCAAUGCAACGUCCGGUGGCAUGGCAAGCAGCAGUAGUGGAAGUGGUAGUGGUGGCAGCACCACAUCAUCAACUACCAAGAAAAAACAGCGAGCCCUUAAUAACCUAUUUCGCAAGGCUUUUGAUUUUUAAGUAGAGCCCAGUGUUUCGACUUAGUUAACAUUUUUACAUCAGCGCAUAUUCUUAUAUAUUCGGAUAGAACCUUUUGGGUUCGCCAUUCGAAAAAUUGUUUGUACAAACGAAUUGUUAUUUUUUUAUAGAUUUUGAAGAGGCGUUGAGAGAUGAAGAAGAAUAAAGUGUGAGUUCCUUUUGAGUUGCAGUGAAAUGCAAAUGACUGUUAAGCGAAAAACAACAAAUUUAAGUAUAGUACUUAUAUAUAUUUUGUAGUAUGCUUGAUUGCAUAGCUUAAACCAGCCUAGAUUAAUUGUAUACGUAUAUUCCAAGCCUCGUCAUUCUUGCUAUAUUCCCCAAUCCCAAGAUUAUGUACUCUAAGUGAUGAACGAACAUUUGCAAAUUAUUGCCACACAUUUAGUUUGUUAUACUUAGCAAUUUCUACAUAAAAUUAGUUUAGUUUAGUCUUUAUUUAUAAAUAAAUACAAUUAACAUUUAUUUAAAAACGUAAA